UUAUUUUUUAUUUGAUAGGAUGUCAACUUUGUAUCACUAUAUUAUUUAGUGCAAUAAUUUCAACAUCAACAGAGUAGUUUUUAAAACGCGUGGUUCAUUUUUGAAAAGUAACCCUGCUUUAAUUCACCUAGAUUAUUUCAUUUACUGAGCAAAAGUUUAGUUAAAUUUCCAACAACAAAUAAAAUCAGAGCAGAAGACCAGAGAUGGAUGAAGAUAUGAAUGAUGUUUCUAUGGGCGUUGCUGAUCGGCCUGAGGUUAUAGAACAAAUUGAUAUAAAUGCUGAAGCAAAAAAGGAGACCGACCAUUCUACUUUGGAUGGAAAUAUUAGAUUAAAUAGUCUAAAGAUUGAUGGUGUCAAUGAUUUAUCGACAACAGAUAUCAAAACUUAUUUGGAUCAUUAUUUGAACGAUACCAUUUCUGAUGAACAGGAUAAGAUAUUAAGAUUUCGAAUUCAAUGGAUCGAUGACAAUUCGCUCAACGUGAUUUUUGAGUCGAUAGAUGAUUGCUCAAAUGCUUUAAGGAUUUUAUCUGUUUUUGAUAGCGUUGAUGCUUCUAUUAACUCAAAAAUAACAGACAAGAGAAGAUCAAAGCCUUUUAUUAAGAAUUUAUUUUCAAAAAGUAAUUAUCAGGAAGAUGAGAAAUUGAAUCAGGAAGAUUAUAAAAUUAACAGAGAUGCUAACAAUAAUAUCAUUUUUACAAUAACACAAUCCACAAUUGAUGAUAAAAAAGUUAGAAAUGCAAGAGAAAGAUCACGAUAUUAUUUGUUACAUGGCGAACCUACAAGGAAAAAAAUUUAUAAAACAACACAAAGAAAAAACAACUAUAGAAAAAAAACAGACAAUUCAUAUAGAGAUCGCGAUCAAUUAAAUAAAAGUCGAUAUGAAGAUAGUUUUGAAGAUGAUUUGUUUAAAAGUAAAAAAUAUUUAUUUAAAAAUAAUCAAAAUAAUCAUAAUCCAAAAUUAUAUCCAGAUUUCCGUCUUAAAAAUAAUGAUAACAAUGAUGAUGCGGAUGAUGCGGAUGAUUUAUUUGGAGAUAAGUUUAGUAAUUCUAUAAAAACGGGCAUAGUAGGAAAUAGAAAUAAUGAGAACAAUAAUCAUAAUAGUAAUAAUAAUGACAAUGGCAACGAUAAUGAUGAUGAUGAUUUAUUUCCUGGAUUUAGAAGUGCGAGAAAACCACCAAGUGCGCCAAAAGCGUUCAGAGAAUCAAGAAAUACAUCAAGAUUAAGAAUAAGAUCAAGGUCAAGGUCAAGGUCAAGGUCACCAAAUAGCUUUUUCAAUUCUAGGAGUAAUAAAUCAUUGGCGGAAAGGAUUGAAACUUCAAGAAAAUGAAGUCGAUUUUUUUUUCACUGUUUAUGUUUUUGAUUUGAUUAUUAUUUGUUGUUUUUAUUUUGGUUUAAUAUGUAUAAUAAUCAGAUAUUUUUAUUAAAAACAAAGUGUAAAUAAAACAAACCUUAAAGGAAACUAAAGAAUAAAUUUAAAAGUCAUAAGAAAAGUCAUUAUCGGAGAAAAAAUCUAUCUUUUUAAGUUUUCGAAGCUGUUUUUCUUUUAAUUUAUAACAUUUAAGCAAUAAAGUCUGUUCAUAAGAUAAUUUUC